GCGCAGCAGCAGAUUCCGUCAGACUUCAUCCGCUCGGCUCAGGAAGAGAAAUCAGCCAUCUCUCAGAUCACUGCAAAUAUCACAGGCUUUAAAUCCAGAAAUCACAUUAAGCCUGGGAGGAAUACCGCGAUCUACGGGAACAGGCAUUACAGUCCUGCUGAGGGGAUGUUCAGUCUUGCAUCGUAAGGAAGAUCGCCUUGCCCACCUGACACAUGAGGACGACUCAUUGUACAGGGAUCAUGAGGGCUGCGCUUUCGUGAGAUAUCAAAGGAUUCUGGUAAUGUGCCAUGGGGUACGACGUCACCAGGUUCCAAGGAGAGGUGGACGAGGAUCUGUUAUGUCCCAUCUGCAGCGGGGUGCUGGAGGAGCCAGUGCAGGCCCCGCAUUGUGAGCAUGCUUUCUGUAACGCCUGCAUCACACAGUGGUUUGCACAGCAGCAGAUCUGCCCUGUGGACCGCUCCGUGGUGACUCUUGCCCAUCUUCGACCCGUUCCCCGAAUCAUGCGUAACAUGCUUUCCAAGCUGCAGAUCUCCUGUGAUAACGCUGGCUUCGGCUGCACGGCCACCCUUCGGCUCGACCAGCUGCAGUCACAUCUCAAGGACUGCGAGCACAACCCUAAACGACCCGUCACGUGUGAAGAAGGCUGCGGGCUAGAAAUGCCCAAAGAUGAGAUGCCCAAUCACAACUGUAUUAAGCACCUACGCAGCGUGGUGCAGCAACAGCAGACCAAGAUUGCAGAUCUAGAGAAGACUGCAGCUGAGCACAAGCACCAACUUGCAGAACAGAAACGUGACAUCCAGCUCCUGAAAGCUUACAUGCGAGCGAUACGAAGCGCUAACCCUAACUUACAGAACCUGGAGGAGAGCAUAGAGUACAAUGAGAUCCUAGAGUGGGUGAACUCUCUCCAGCCCGCUCGCGUGACCCGCUGGGGAGGAAUGAUCUCCACACCCGACGCCGUCCUCCAGGCCGUCAUCAAACGAUCGCUCAUAGACAGUGGAUGCCCGUUGUCGAUCGUUAAUGACCUCAUCGAGAACGCCCACGAGCGUAACUGGCCCCAAGGCUUGGCCACGCUGGAGACGCGGCAGAUGAACCGCCGAUAUUACGAAAACUAUGUGGCCAAGCGCAUUCCGGGUAAGCAGGCCGUGGUGGUGAUGGCCUGCGAGAACCAGCACAUGGGUGAAGAUAUGAUUCUGGAGCCGGGGUUGGUUAUGAUCUUCGCUCAUGGCGUUGAGGAGAUCUUAUAGUCUGUACAUAGGUGGGUGCCAAUGAUGAAAAGCAGAAAGGGGUUUACAGAGACUGAAUUGAUUCCCCACUCUAAAAAAUUCUCAGUUCAUCCCACUUAAAAUAUCAAGACCUCUUUGGCAGUCGUUACCUCAAAUUUUAAGGAAGGACACAGGCAGAGAAGCUCUCCGCUCGUGGACCUCCAGCAUUCCCUAUUCUCUUUGCCUUAAAUGGACAUUUUCCAAAAAGUGGACCCUAAUGACAAAAACCAACUUGAAACAUUAUCAGGGACGAUGGUACACGUAUGUUUUAACAUUAACAUUGAAAUCAAAAGGAUUUGAAGUGAUGUCUAAUUUCACUCCCAGCUUAAGACAAGUUAAGAUUCUUGUAAAUACAGAUGAUAAAGAAAUAUAGACAAAUAUGCUAUCUGUUCUUGUUCUAAUAGAAUAGUGGACAUUUUUGCUGUCUUCAUCUCAGUUUGCUAUUUAGAGUAGAGUGCUUUGA